AUGUUAUCAAAACUGUACUUUCAAAAAAGUGAAUACCAGAAAGCACAAGCAGUCCUCAAAAUUGCACUCUGCGUUUACAAAGAAAUCGAAGACAAAGACGGAGAAGCGUCAUGCUACGGAAACCUAGGAAAUGUGUUUCAGUCUGUCGGAGAAUAUGCCAAGGCUGAAGAAUAUCUUCAUAAAGCACUUACCAUCAACACAGAAAUUGGCGACAGAAACGGAGAAGCGUCAUGCUACAGAAACUUAGGAGCUCUGUUUGUACUUGUAGGAGAAUAUGGCAAGGCUGAAGAAUAUCUUCAUAAAGCACUUACCACCAACACAGAAAUUGGCGACAAAGACGGAGAAGCGUCUCGCUACCUAAAGCUAGGAAACACAUCUCAAGCCUUAUCGGAUCUCUGGUCAAGCAUUCAAAUUUACGAAAAAAUGCUUACUUCUCUAGGAAGCAAAGAUAGCCGCAAUAUAUCAUUUUUUGACAAGAACGCGUCUCCCUAUCGGCGGUUUUGUUCAUUGAGUUGUUUUUGUGGGAAACCCUAUGAAGCUUUACACGCUGCUGAACUUGGACGGGCCAGAGCUCUAGCAGAACUUAUGUCAAAUCGCUACUCCAUUGAAAAAGAAAUAUCCAUCAACCCACAAUCGUUUGUUGGCAUCGCGGAAGUAAUUAAGAAAAAUGGCAACAGCACCUGCCUCUACAUCUCCUAUGACUACGAUGACAAUAUAUUUUUGUGGGUUUUGAAACAAAACAAACCGGUAGCUUUCCGAAGAACGAAACUUUGUGAAAGCUAUGUUAGCAAGCAUGGCAAAAUCUCUGUGUCUGACCUGUUUGGAAACGAAAGCUUAUUAAGAAAAAUUCACGUUUUACCUCAAGAGCAAUGCGAAGACCGAUCACUCUUCUCUUCAUUCGCCAACCAACUUACAAACGAAUCAAAUCUGGAAGAUAGUCUCUCAACCUUGCGUCCUCUUUUAGAUGAGGGAGAAGUAUACACGGACCCUGAACCGCCAACACUUUUUCAGGUUUACAACAUGUUGAUUGCUCCCGUGAGUGACUUGCUAGAAGGAUCUGAAAUCAUUGUUGUUCCUGAUCGCUGCUUCUUCCAAGUUCCGUUUGCAGCAUUACACGAUGAAAGUGGCCGCUAUUUAUCAGAUUCUUUCAGGAUACGAAUUGUCCCUUCUUUGACGACUCUCAAGCUCAUUCUGGACAGUCCAGCCGACUCUCACAGCGAAACUGGUGCAUUGAUUGUGGGUGAGCCAAGGGUGACGGAUGUGUAUUUCAAGGGAGUGUUAAGAGCAACUCCAUGCAAAUGUCGACCAAAGUGCGGCAAGGCUCAAAAAAUAAAAAUCGCUCUUCUUUGGCAUACUGAUAGACUUUAGUAAGUGUACAAACGCGAUAUAGUUUUUUCUUCGAAAGAUCUGUUCGUUUCCGAGAAAAACAAGAAAACCGUUUCAAGCCCCGCGGUCGAUUUCGCAAGCAGAAAACAGGGUUGAAAUUCACUAUGAUUCGCUCGACUUGCAUUUCAAAACAACCGCGCUAGAAAAAAAGCUUGUUGCUAAAAUUGUAAGUAUAACUAGUCGUUGACCAAAAUAUAUAAUAUUUUUAGCAUUACAACAGUCUCAGUAAUUAUAAAAAAGCUAAAGCGUAUGUCUACCUGUUGUUCAACCACGGAAGGUAGUUGAAAAAAGCGACGAUUUUCGUCAUGUGCCUUUGAUCAGAAUUUUUCAAGAUUGAAGGGGUAAACACUACAAGCAUCAAACUAUUAUGUUAUGUUAAAAUUAUUUUGGGGAAAUCAUUUUGAGCUUCUCAGAAAUAAUUUGAAAUUCGUGUUACAGACAACAUAAAAUAACGGCAUCCAACACACGAGUCACACAACCACCACCAACAAUUUGACUUUAGGUUUCCUUUUACGACGCUGGUAGCCUUGAUAUAUAGAACAACUUUUUAAAAAAGCUCACCUUAACCUGUAUCUGUUGUACUUCAAGCUCCAAGUUGUUUCAUUUUGCCGUCUUAUCACCUAUCUUACCGUAGUCGUGAAGUCCGCUGGAAUGUGUCCGUUGAAGGUGCGUGACAGCUUUCUGGUAAUUUCUUCAUCCCUCUGUUUUCUCUAAUGUUUUCAAGUUAACAUCUCAUGUUUGUUAAAAUUUUGAGAACCCUGGACCUUAAAAAAGCCGUCUAUAAAACAAAGCUCGGUAGUUUAACUGUCAACAAAGCGAAGUUGUUUGCUCGUGGAUCCGUUCACUUCACGGGUAAUCUGAUUUGCAUAGGAGUGUGCCAAGGGUCUACUUCCGGUGCCGAGUAUACACGUGACGAGGUUCACCGACUUUCACCCGUUACUUCCAGUACACUGAAGAAGAUUCAUCUUUUAUACUCCUCCUUCUUCAAAAAUACUGCAGUUGACAUUAUUUUACCUGAGAAUUAUCUUUAAUAUUUUGACAUUUUAGGCAUUUGAUUAACAUUAUCGAAUUAAAUUUAGUUUAUUUUGAUUCAACCGUUCAUUCCCACUUGAAAAAGAAAAAAGAUCUCUGCAAAAACACUGUUUGUGUGCGCUCUUCUUCGAUGAAGCUAUGGAAGGUUCGUGCUCCUCCGAGUCAUUAGUAGGUACUCUGUGUUCGUUUGAUAGGAGGGAUAAGCAGAGAUCAACUGAGAUUGUUCCUUUGUCGCUGUCAAACUAUUAAGGACGUAACUGGGCAUAGGUUGACUGACAUGGUCUCUUUCUGGUAUUGAAAGCGAAACAGACUUUAUUUUAGCUCAGAACUGACCAGCCAGACCAUUCCCGUCGCAAUGAUAAUUUCCCUUUUAAUCAAACUCUUCAGCUAGAUCAGUCAAAUCCGCAAUGGUAUACUCGAAAGAGAACGUUUUUAGGCAAAACUCAGGCAAAGGUCCAGCCGGCCAGUUCUGACAAAUGGAAAGCGCCCUAAGUUCUUUUAAUAUAUCCCCUUUCCAUCGUUCUGAGCUCGGUAUUGGAUGGCGACGGAACAGUUAUUCCAGUUCGUGCCAAGUUCCACAGGAAAGCGCCAAUCACAUAAUUGAAAGAAGAGGGAAACCUGUUAAAGCCGACAAAAGAGUUAGAGGAAGAACAUUUCAGAAUAUAUUUAUCAGCAAACCGGUAUCCUCAUUCCUGUAGGUUCAGGUACUCUUGGUUUAUUCACUGUAUUAUAUACUAAUUAGUCACUUAGAUUCAAUCCACGAAUACUGUAUAAAGUUUAUCAUAGUUGUCAACUCUCUUAGAUAACCCAGAGUCUCCCGGGUACGGUACCAAUCCACCUAAUCUGUCCGAUACUAUAAACCUUUCACUUUUUCUCUUAGUUUGAAAUUAAACCCGAUUUCCCCCAGAGUAAAUAUAUAGAUAUAUAUAUAUAUUUUUUAAAUUUAAAGAUCAUAGUCCAGUUCUGAUGGCAUUUGUUGUUGUAGUUUCAUUUUUUUUUUUAUUUUUUUUUUUACAUUUACUUCAAACGACUGACUUGUUCCUCAUUCAAGCCAACGUGUGGGGAAAUGGCCAAUGACGAAGCCAUUGACUUCAAGCUCAGUAGCAGAUGCGCUUGCAGAAUGUUACAAGAACGCAGGACACUGGGGAUCACGAAGAGAAAUCUUAUCUAUUAGGGACGGACCAUUAGAAGAGUUAUGGGGAGGGUGGGGAAUUUUUGUGCCAUGAAAUUUUUUCCUUAUCAAAUUCCUUCAUGAAUUUCAGUUUUAGGCCGUAGCAUGAAUAUUUUUUAGGGUUAAUUGGCGUGCAUAAAUUUUUUUCAUUUAAUUUUGCCUUGCGCGAAUAUAUAUUUUUUUUGUACUCCACCGCCGCCCUCCCCCCCCCCCCCGCUCCCCAAAAAUGUUUGUUUCAAUUCACGAAAAGUGGCAUUUAGCACAGCAGAAAUUACAUUUGUCAUAUAUUAAGAAGGCACUCUGAAAUACCGCACGUGCAGGCCAGAAUUGCCCACGUGCAGCCAACAACUGGAAGUUCCAUCUGUGAAGAUGGGAAGAAAACAUGUACACAAUUUUUUGUUAAGACAUCUGUUGAUUUGAUAAUGCCCACGUCUCGAAGCAAUGAAAAUUUUUAUUGAGGCUACCAAUUAAAUUCUUCAUUUUCAAAAAUUUUAUAUUAUACCAGGUUGUACGUUUGCUUUUCGCCUGCUAUUAGCGGGUCCAGACCCCGGGCCCCGGGAUCUUGACAGCUGUAAUCUGAUAUUACUGUUGACAGUAAUUUGCAUACUGAGUCACAAAACGUUCGCAUGGGCGCUUUAUCCUUCAGAUUGGCGCUUCCUUCUGCGGUGUCUAGCAGCAUUUUGAGACAAAAGUUGUUGACAGAUAAGGAAGAGAGGGUUUACUACUUGUUUACUAAGCGAACUUCGUUAGAAAGCAUGCCUGUUGGUUAUGAGUCUCAAACAGAGUUUAAUAUAGAAUGGCAAAUUUGAACAGAUGGCAACGGGAAACAUUUUACAUUUUGCCGUAAAACUAGACCUGAAACAAAGAACAGGGUGAGUACUUUAACAUUUAGAACUUUGUGCGUGAAUAUUACCAAACCUUUUUCCGAGAGACGUUUCAUGACCUUUGCCUGGUCGACUGACGAUGGUCACGCAUGUGUUAAGAUGGCGUUACUUUAUGUUGUCUGUAAAACGAUUUUCAAAUAAUUUCUGAGAAGCUUGAAAUUAUUUCCCCAAAAUAAUUUUUGCAUAACAUAAUGGUUUGAUGCCUGUAGUGUAUUUGCCUGCAAUCUGAAAAAAUUCUGAUCAAAGGCACAUGAUGAAAAUCGUCGUUGUUUUCAACGACCUUUCGUGGCUAAACAUCAGGUAGUCGUACGCUUUAGCUUUUUUAUAAUUACUUAGACUGUUGUAAUGCUAAAAAUAUUAUAUAUUUUGAUCAACGACGAGUUAAACUUAAAAUUUUAGCAAUAAGUUUUUUUCCUAGCGCGGCUGUAUUGGAACGCCAGUCCAGCGAAUCAUGAUGAAUUUCAACCCUGUUUUUGGCUUGCGAAAUCGACGGUAGGGCUUGAAACGGUUUUUUUCGUUUUUCUCGGAAACGAACAGAUCUUUCGAAGAAAAAACUACAUAGCGUUUGUAUACUUACUAAUGUCUACCAGUCUGCAAAAGAAGAGCGAUUUUGAUUUUUUGAGCCUUGCCACGAAUCGGCGAUUUUGGUCGAUUUUUGCAUGGAUUCGCUCUUAAGGUAUCUCUGUCCAUUGCCUGGCGCGAAAGGGGAAGCAGAGAUGAUUGCGAGACUACUACCUGAAUCUCACCUUUUAAUAGGAGAGCAAGCAACAAAGCAGACGGUUCUUCAGAGAAUACCCUCAGUGAGCCUCGUACAUUUCGCUGCUCAUGGUGAUGCCGAAAGAGGAGAAAUUGCUCUUACCCCCGCUGACUCCACAGUGGAGUUUCCACACGAAGCAGACUACUUACUGUCAAUGACCGACAUUUCACAAGUUAGACUGUCAGCCAAACUGGUGGUCCUUAGUUGUUGCCAUACCGCACGUGGACAGAUCAAAACAGAGGGCGUUGUUGGAAUCGCUCGAGCAUUCUUAGGAUCGGGUGCACGCUCAGUGUUGGUGGCAUUGUGGGCCUUACAAGACAGAGCAACAGAGGAGUUCAUGGGAAGAUUCUACGAAAACCUUGUCCAAGGGAAAAGUGCAAGCGAAAGUCUUCACCGGGCCAUGAAGUGGAUGCGAAAUAACGAUUUCUCAGAAGUGAGGCAGUGGGCACCUUUCAUGCUGAUUGGGGAUGACGUGUCAUUUCACUUUGGUGAAGAAAAGUGA